UUGCAGAAUGAGUCAGCACCACCGGCAGCUGAAGAAGAGGAGGUCGUGGACCCGCUGACGAGGUUCCGUGAAGAAUGUGUGGACCAUACGGGGAAAUGGAAACGACUGCUCGAUGAAUGUACAGAGCGUGUGAAUUCAAAAAUUAAGACAAAGGAAACGUGCCACGACGAAAUGGUCGAUUAUAUACAAGCACUGGACCAUUGUGCAAUGCCGAAAACAUUUGCGACGCUAAAGUAA